AUGGCAAGUGCCCCUCCUGAACAGAAUCAGAAUCACUGCUCAGCCAUAAACAACAGCAUCCCACUGAUGCAGGGCAACCUCCCCACACUGACAUUAUCUGGAAAGAUCCGAGUGACGGUUACUUUCUUCCUUUUUCUACUCUCUACAACUUUUAACGCUUCUUUCUUGUUGAAACUUCAGAAGUGGACUCAGAAGAAAGAGAAAGGAAAAAAGCUUUCAAGAAUGAAGAUGCUUUUAAAACAUCUGACCUUAGCCAACCUGUUGGAGACUCUGCUUGUCAUGCCACUAGAUGGGAUGUGGAAUAUUACAGUUCAAUGGUAUGCUGGAGAGCUCCUCUGCAAAGUGCUCAGCUAUCUGAAGCUUUUCUCCAUGUAUGCCCCAGCUUUCAUGAUGGUGGUGAUCAGCCUGGACCGCUCCCUGGCCAUCACGAGGCCUCUAGCUGUGAAAAGCAAUGGCAAGCUCGGACAGUCCAUGAUUGGCUUGGCAUGGCUCCUCAGUAGUAUCCUUGCUGGACCACAGUUAUAUAUCUUCCGGAUGAUCCACUUAGCAGACAGCUCUGGGCAGACAGAUGGUUUCUCUCAAUGUGUCACACACUGCAGUUUUCCACAAUGGUGGCAUCAGGCCUUUUAUAACUUUUUCACCUUCAGCUGCCUCUUCAUCAUCCCUCUUCUCAUCAUGUUAAUCUGCAAUGCAAAAAUCAUCUUCACCCUGACACAGGUCCUUCAUCAAGAUCCCCACAAAUUACAACUGAAUCAAUCUAAGAACAAUAUACCAAGAGCUCGGCUGAGGACCCUAAAGAUGACAGUUGCAUUUGCCACUUCAUUUACUGUCUGCUGGACUCCCUACUAUGUCCUAGGAAUUUGGUACUGGUUUGAUCCUGAAAUGUUAAAUAGGGUGUCAGAUCCAGUAAAUCACUUCUUCUUUCUUUUUGCUCUUUUAAAUCCAUGCUUUGAUCCACUUAUAUAUGGAUAUUUCUCUCUGUAAUUGGUAGAAUACGCAGGAAGUCAUAUGAAGAAGAGCAUGGUAGUGAAUUUCAUCAAAUGAGAAUAAUAAACACAAAGG